UUUUCUCCCACUCCCAUCAGUAAAUCAGCUGAUUGGAAAAGGGGUUAGGUUAACAGGUGGAAAAUAUCAAGUGUGUUUAUAGCGCACAUAUAAAGAUAAAAAAAUAUGCCAAUGACUUGUAGCAUACUUGGCUGCUCAAGUAGAUAUUCUAAAGAAAAGAAUAUCAAAUUUUUUCGCUUUCCUCUCAAAGAUAAAUGUAGAUUGACAGCCUGGUUGAAUGCCAUAAAAAGAGAAAAUUGGACUCCCAGUAAAUAUGAUACAGUCUGCAAUGAACAUUUUACUGCAAAUGAUUUUUUGCCUUGUCGAGAAGCUUAUAAAACAUUUUUGAGACCAACAGCGGUACCUUCUAUAUUUCCUUCAUCUAUAAAAAGAAAAAAAUACAAAAUCAGGAAAGUAGAUAAUGAAAAUAAGAAAAAUAAGGAGGAUGAUGUAGAGAAAAGUAACAAAUGUUAUGAAACAAAUUUUGCAAAUAUUCACAAUAAUGUAGAUAAUACAAUAGAUAAUAUAAUAGAUCAAAAUAUAAAUGACUCGCAUAUUAAUAUUCAGUUGGAAAUAAAUGAUGAAGCUAUUGAGAAUAUGCAUACAAUAGUAGAUGUAAUAGAAGACCCAAAUAUAUAUAAUGUCAAUGUCAAUAGUAACAUCAUUCUAGAAACAUAUAAUCAAGAGACAGCUGCAAUAGAAGAGCCAACAUCUCCAUCGAUAUGUAAACCGAUGGAAAUUGAAAUAAAACGAGUAAAUGAUUACAAUAGUUUAGACUCUAUAAAAUCGCACCGUAUAAAGAAUUUACCAACUUCUAUCGAAGUAAAUUUGCGCCAUAAGAUUCGCAUGCUACAGCAGAAACUUCGUAGAAGAGAUGCUAAAAUAAUAUAUCUUCGCCGGCUCUUAACACAUUUAAAACAAAAGAAGGAUAUUUUAUCCGUCAUACAACAUUUAUAAGGAAUUGGACAUUAUUACUUUAAAUCAUGUGUGUAAGUAUGUACAAGAUUUUUUUCAUAACAAUUUGUAACAUGCGAAAUCUAUUUAUAAGACAUCUCAACUGAAUAAAUUUUA